GGGGGCGUCGCCCCCAUCCAGCGCUCCAGGUAGCGGCGGCCGCAGCUGCCGGCGGUGGCUGGCUGCGCUCCCCAGCGGCCCUCGGGCCGGGGCGGGGGCGGGCCGGGGGCGUUCCCGCGGGCUGCCGCCCGUGAUGUCACAAUCGCGGCGGGCCGCAGCGCUCCGGGGUCGGCGGUGGGCGGCGGGCCGCGAGCCGGCGAUCGAAGCGGGCAGCUCGCGCCUGAGUCAUGGACUUCCCCUGGCCCCUCCUCUACCACUCCCACUCCCUCGCCGGGCCCCCCCGCCGGGGCUAGCGUCCGCCGCGGCUCCGAGGGGGUGGGGCUGCUGGGAAUGGCUGUGCCCCCUUCGGCCCCUCAGCCGCGAGCGUCCUUUCACCUGAGGAGGCACACGCCUUGCCCGCAGUGCUCAUGGGGCAUGGAGGAGAAGGCGGCGGCCAGCGCCGGCUGCCGGGAGCCGCCGGGCCCCCCGAGGGCCGCCGCCGUCGCGUACUUCGGCAUUUCCGUGGACCCGGACGACAUCCUUCCCGGGGCCCUGCGCCUCAUUCAGGAGCUGCGGCCGCAUUGGAAACCCGAGCAAGUUCGGACCAAGCGCUUCACGGAUGGCAUCACCAACAAGCUGGUGGCCUGCUACGUGGAGGAGGACAUGCAGGACUGCGUGCUGGUCCGGGUGUAUGGGGAGCGGACGGAGCUGCUGGUGGACCGGGAGAAUGAGGUCAGAAACUUCCAGCUGCUGCGAGCACACGGCUGUGCCCCCAGACUCUACUGCACCUUCCAGAAUGGGCUGUGCUAUGAGUACAUGCAGGGUGUGGCCCUGGGGCCUGAGCACAUCCGUGAGCCCCAGCUUUUCAGGUUAAUCGCCUUAGAAAUGGCAAAGAUUCAUACUAUCCACGCCAACGGCAGCCUGCCCAAGCCCACCCUCUGGCACAAGAUGUACAAUUAUUUCACGCUUGUGAAGAACGAGAUCAACCCCAGCCUUUCUGCAGAUGUCCCUAAGGUAGAGGUGUUGGAACAGGAGCUGGCCUGGCUGAAGGAGCAUCUGUCCCAGCUGGAGUCCCCUGUGGUGUUUUGUCACAAUGAUCUGCUCUGCAAGAAUAUCAUCUAUGACAGCAUCAAAGGUCACGUGCGGUUCAUUGACUAUGAAUAUGCUGGCUACAACUACCAAGCUUUUGACAUUGGCAACCAUUUCAACGAGUUUGCAGGCGUGAAUGAGGUGGAUUACUGCCUGUACCCGGCGCGGGAGACCCAGCUGCAGUGGCUGCACUACUACCUGCAGGCACAAAAGGGGAUGGCCGUGACCCCCAGGGAGGUGGAAAGGCUCUACGUGCAAGUCAACAAGUUUGCCCUGGGUCCUAGCUGUGUGUCUUCCACAAUGACUGCAUCCCUCCAGCGCUGUAGAGUUGGAAACAGGCAUGGGGAGAUUGCCAGGCUGACCCUCUCUGGUCUGUUUCCAGGCGUCUCACUUCUUCUGGGCUCUCUGGGCCCUCAUCCAGAACCAGUACUCCACCAUCCACUUUGAUUUCCUCAGGUACGCAGUGAUCCGAUUCAACCAGUACUUCAAGGUGAAGCCUCAAGUGUCAGCCUUGGAGAUGCCAAAGUGACCAGCCACCCAUCCCUCCCCUACCCAUCCGUCUGGCCAGACCUGUUCCCCAGAGCUCAAUUCUGCGCUCUGGGGUCCACACCCUUGGACAAGGUGGGAGAGGGGACAGGUGGGUGUCCAGGGAGAAGGCUCUGUCCCUGCCGCCAGCCCCCAGUGGUUGCCACUGAAGACCUCAUUCUCCUGUCUGGAGGGGCUGAUAGGACCCCCUUCUGGGGGUCCCCUUCACCCCACCAGGCUUGGGAGGAAGUGCCUGCAGCCAGGUCCUGGACCAUAACCACCCCUGGAAAACACAUCAUUCCCAGCCUCAGGCCCUGCUGGAAUUGGGGCUGCCUUAGAUGUGUGUUUACCCCUUCCUGGCCUGGGGAAGGAGGCGGGGAGGGCUCCUUUCUACCUCCAGUGCCCUGAGCCUCCAGUCCGUCUCCCCCUGCAUGCCCCACGUGGGAGGUGCUGAGCUCCAAACCAGCAUCACACCAACUCUGACACAUGGAUGUACAUAUCUUGGUGAUGGGUGGGGGCCAAGAAUUGAGCAUGACAUCUUCCCCAGCAGCCACCUCAUCUGAGACCCCUCACCUUCCCCAAACCAGAUCCAAUCAAACCUCACCCCGAGGAAACAUGCUCCCCAACGUGCUCUCCUGUGCUUCUGUUUUGUCCCCCUGCUGAGGGGACAGGAGAGGGAGUGGUGAGGCCCUGGACCUCCAGAGCCUGGCUCUGCUUCGUGCUGUGGCUUGGUCAGAGGGGACGUGGCCAAGGGUGAGGUGGCCAAAACCAGAACCAGCAGUCUCCUGCCUUGUUCCCUCCCUGGCCCUCAGGCCCUCCUUCCAGGGAUGUCUCUCCAGCUCUACUUUAUGUCCUGAAGCUGACCCAAGGUCUUCCUAUCUGGGAAUGCCUAGUGGGAGCCAAGAGGAUGGGGUGGGGGCCAGGGCCCCCCAGGGUCCAGCGUGGGAGAGCCUGGGCAGGAUCCCAUCAGAAAGGUGCUGACUCAGCUGGUUGCCCGACACUCAACAGCCUCCACCUCCUUUCUGCCCUCACAGCUCCUGGGGCCUUCCUGGCUCUGGCCCAGAAAGUGAUUCAUUUGUAAAUUAUCAUGGUUUUCUGCAUUAAAAUGCUCAUUUCCGGAC